ACGUCGGUCCCUCAGAAUGAAGCGGAGCUACAACUAUACAGAGUGAUGCAACGUGCAUCUCUGUUAGGCUACUACGAUACGCUUUUAGAAAUGGGUGGUGACGACGUGCAACAAUUAUGCGACGCUGGGGAGGAGGAAUUUCUAGAAAUUAUGGCGCUGGUUGGUAUGGCGAGCAAACCUCUUCAUGUCAGAAGACUUCAGAAAGCUCUACAGGAAUGGCUCACAAAUCCUUCACUUUUUCAAACACCAGUCGUACCGACAAGUGCUACCUGCAAAACUCCCGCAGGUGUAGGAUUCCCCUGCGUAAGUCCUAGGCCACAGGUGCAAAAUCUUCCAGGCUUCACAACAACCUCGCAAACACCAACUCCUACACCUUAUGUGUCGUCCCAUGUAUCCCUAACGCCGUUACCCUGUAGAAGUACCAGCCCUAUUGUAUCUGUUACGAGUGUGACUGCACCGGUGGCUUCGACAACAUUUCAACAGAGUCCGAGCCCGAACACACCUUUGCCUUACGCUACUUCUCACAGUCCUGGUAUAGUACAGGUGGGAACAUGUGAGUCAUCCUGUGGUAGCGGUACAACACCAAGUCCUAGUGGCGGUGGUGGAGCACCAGCAAGCCCAACCCAACCAACUCCAACCCUUUUGCAAUUGCAAAUACAAAGACUUGCAGAAGCGGCCGAAAGACUUGCUGCGACAAUUCGACCUGUUGACCCGAAACCUCAUAAUGUUAAGAAAAAAAUUUGCAAAAAUUUAGAGGUAGUAAUGGCUAUGCCCGACAGUGAUCCACGUAGAAUGGAAGAAAUUCGAAAAUAUGCAGCAAUUUAUGGAAGGUUUGACUGUAAGAGGAAACCAGAGAAACCAUUGACAUUACAUGAAGUGUCAGUAAAUGAAGCUGCUGCACAAAUUUGCAGGUUCGUACCUGCCCUUCUUACUAGAAGAGAUGAACUUUUUCCUUUGGCCCGCCGUAUUGUGAGAGAUUCUGGGUAUCAUUAUUCAAAAAGUCAUUACUUAUCCGUGUUGAAACCACGUGAAAAUGGUGAAGAAAACGAAGUUGAGCAAACAAAACGGCAAAAGCUCGAUCUUGAGGGUGAGAAUGAAGAUGCGACGCAGGAGGAGUUGGAUUUACGUUGCCCUGAGAUGGAUAUGAAUAAUUCGACAAUUCGAAGACACAGAUCAUCAAGUCCAGUUUGGAGGAAGAAGAAUAACAAUGGUAUUUUCAGUGCGAGUAUAGAAGGAAUUAGUGAUUCUGACAGUCAGCUCUCAUUUUCAAAUGAAGAAUCUUCAUCGAUACAUGACACUAACGAAAUUGAAGCAGAUAAUACGGAUAAAGAGAGUGAUUUCAAUCUUAAGGUAAUAGCUUCACGUGGAGACAAUAUAAUCGCAGUGGCAAAUCCUGCAUUAAUGGAAUGUAAUCAUCCUAUAAAAGAAGAACCAACAGAUGAAAAACCUAUGCUGUGA